GCCGUGACAGGCUGUGACUUGCUGACUUGUUGCUGACUAGUCACUACAACACGCGGAUUGCCGGAGGAUGAAUAGUAUGUUCUCUCAAGUCUACAGAGCUGUCUCAUCUAGACUUCCCUCCUUAUCCAGUUCCACUCACACCUCGUCAGCAUCCAGAAUGAACCAGAACGAAAUCAAAGAGUUUGUCGAGAAGAACCUCAAAGACAAAGGCCUGGUCGUCUUCAUCCGGACUUCACCGUCAUGCUACUUCUGCCAGCAAGCUCUACGUUUCUUGGAACAAUACCCCGAGCUCGAGGGUAAAUCAAUCGACCUUAGCGCGACCGGGGAGCAGAAGGCCAUAAUCAGCUACCUUGGCAGCCUCCCUGGUUCUUCGGCCACAUUCCCUCGGGUUUUUGCUAACAAGAAAUUGAUUGGUGGCUAUUCGGAUUUGGAGGGCUUGGGUGCACCUGGUGUCAAGGCCAUGCUCGAGAAGGAAUGAGCACGA